AUGGGAGACUCCAAGGCUGCUCAUGGCUCGGUCGUGAUCAUUGGCGCCGGCACCCAGGGUAGGCGACUGGCGUACAUGUGGUCAAGCAGAGGAGGUACUGUGCAUCUGAUUGAUCACAAUAAACAGCAGCUCGAAGCAGCCUUAGGGUAUGUGCUCCAGCUUCGAGCAAAGCCCACCGACGAGAGUGGGAACUGGGGCGACAUAAUUCUUUCCUGUCCAACCCAAUUGGCAUAUGUGCUGCGGGAUGCUUGGUUGGCUGUCGAGGAGGUCAUCAGCCAGCUCGAUAAUCUUGCCCCAGACCACGCGAUUAUCGCUUCGAACUCCAGUAGUUAUGGGAUUGGGGAAAUCAUACAAGGGAUACAGCUGAGAAACGACCAAAGACUAUUAAGUGCCCACUGCUACUGGCCACCCGAAACCUCAGCGAUCGAAAUCAUGGGUCAUGAAGGCACCGAUCCUUCAUGUGUCGCUGUCCUCCUAGAUCAAUGCAGGGAGCACGGAUUCUCACCUUUCCAUGUUAAACAGAAUUCCAUUGGGUAUAUAUAUAAUAGAAUAUGGGCUGCCAUCAAACGAGAAACCCUGCUCGUGCUGUCUGAAGGGGUCUGUGGGCCACAGGAGAUUGAUGCCAUUUUCAAGGACGUUUUGCAAACACCAAAGGGCCCCUGUGAGCAGAUGGAUGUUGUGGGCUUGGAUGUCGUGCUAGAUAUCGAGAAUCACUAUGCGGAGUCGCGAAGUGGCCUUCCAAGCGAGCCACGAGAACUGCUGAAAGAGAUGAUACGGAACGGCCUCCUGGGAGUCAAGGGUCAACGAGGAUUCUACGACUACAGAGACGCACCGGAGCAAGUACCCCGGCUUUAA